AACCAGAGUUUUUUUUAACCGUCGGACAUCCACAGCCCGCGGUUUGUGACAAAGUAAACGUGUGUAGGCUGAUUUCUUCACACUGAACGGAAUAAACUACCAAACCGAUAUGGAUUUGGACUCCAUGAAAUAUGCGGAGUUGAGAAGCCUCGCUAAGGAGCUCGGGCUAAAAGCGAACAUGAAGGCCGAUAAACUCCUGAAAGCGAUCAAGCAGCAUUAUCACCGAGAAAAUCACAAGCAGGAGGAAGGACAGGUACAAGAAAACAAUGUUACUACCGACCAGGAAGACGAGACCGCUUCACAAGACAGCGCUCAGGCAGAUAAAGACGCAUCUGGACAGGAAGGCGAUGUUUCCAGCUCCGCUGUGUUUGUGAACACACGCAGAGGCAAAAGAAACGGUACCAAGAGGAAGAUCUGUACUGCUGCAACACGGGCUGAUGCCAGCUCACCUCCAAUGGCUACACAGGCGGUCGCAGAAGUGGCUGAAUCUAGUCCGCCCUGCAGUGCCACUGAUGCCAAGAAGAGGAAAGUGUCCUCUACCAAGGACUCUGUCAAAGGUGAAGCUGAGCCUCCUGAGGAGCCCCAGGCCACAGGCAGUGUGCAGCAGCUUGUCAUCGAGGUAGAAGCACCAGUGCAGAGUGGCGCAGAAAAAGCAUCCACAGUGCCCAAAGGUGGUAAAAUCCCUCGUUACCAAGGGCAGCAGAAGAACAAGGCCUCGUUGAAGCCGGUCACCCCGAACUUUAAAAAACUUCACGAGGCACAUUUCAACAAGAUGGAGUCGAUUGACACAUAUGUCCAGAGAAAGACAAAGCAGCUGGAGACUACCAAAAGUUCAGUUAAAAAAACAAAGAGGCUUUCAGCCAAAUCUAAACCACAGCUUGUUGAGGGCAAAGCCCAAGUGAAGGCCAGUGGGAGUCGCGCCUCCCUGUUCAGCCCCGUCUCCGUGGACAAGAGACCAGCUGAAGACAGGCGCACGUUGCCCUCCGCCGGCAAAGCUCCUUCAAACAAACCUCCAGGGAAGGAAGACGCUCCGUUCAGACCGUCUGUCCUUUCCACUCGCAGGAUCAAUGUUCGAUUCUCAGAAGCCACUCGUGACAACGACAACAAGAAGUCCUUGGUGAAGACACCGGCACGCAUGUCGCUCUGCGUGACUUCCAGCACCCCAAACAAACCGGCCACCAAUGAGGGAAAGCCCAAAAGUUCCAAGACUUCAACUUUCUCUGCCACAAAAACUGCAGGAGCGUUCUUUUUCAUUGGCAACACGAGUACUUCAACAACCCCCGGAACCCAAAAGAAGUCUGGCUUUGAUCUGAAAGCAAGUCUUUCUCGUCCCCUCACCUACAAGCCCCAUGCAGGUAAACUCAAGGCAUUUGGAGAGAACCAAGAAAACACGGCUGCAAACAAGUCACUGAUUUCAAACUCUCAUCAGAAGAAUUACAAACAGCACCAGGUCCAGACAAGGGGGGAGAGGAGAGCAAAACACGUGGAAGGCCGUAAGCAGAAGAAAGAGAGUAUCCUCGGGGCAAGAAGAGGACUUGUCCUGAUGUAAAAGUAUCCGGCUUGUUUUGUACAUCUAUUUUUUACAGUGUAAAUAUUUUUUUUUGAUUGCACCCGACUAUUUCUUUUCUGUAGUCUCCUUCUGUUGGGGAAGUUCUCCUUUUCUGUCUAACCUACCAUACUGUGUUAGAUUUUACCCCUGUUGUAGUGUUUACAGCGUACAACUCUGACUGGUGUUUUUAAAUGUUGUUGUAGAUAAUCAAUAUCCUUUUUUUCUGCAUUUAAAACUGUUAGUGUUCUUAGAAUUGGAUGUGCUUUGUUUUAAAACAUAAAAAGCUUCCUUUGUCUGCAUGGUCGAUUUAUGUUAAAAGUGAAACAGGAAAUCUGUUCCACAAAGAAAUGUUAAUUCAUGUAAGAGGAAUUUUAUUUUAUUGUUAAUGGUCGUUUUUAGAUUUGGUUUGUUGACAUCGGUCGAAGGAAAACAAGACAAGAAACACAACUUGAUU